GGUAUAAUUCAGUGAUCUCGUCGCGGUCACACUGAAUGGAAGUAAUAACAUUGCGAGAAAAAAGUGAGAAAAGGGUGAAAAAGUGCAAAAACUAUUGGAUUUAUUUAAUGAUUUCCAUUUGGAAAUAAGCAAACGGGCGCAGUGAUUAAGUUUAUGUGCUAAAAAACGAAGUUUUGAUAGAUAUUGAAAAUAAAAUCGCGUCCUGCUCCGCCUCCUGCACGCACACACUCGCAGCGCCCCGCACACACACGCACACAGUUGCGCCUUUCGUCAUUUCUCUCGCUCUCAUUUUUUUUGUCGCAGCUGCAACGCAAAUUCCAAAAAGGAUAAUCCUCGCCGAUCUCGCAAGUCCUUCCGGUGGUCUAAGAGCGGAUAUAUACCCGCAAUGAUGAUGACCAAAGGUAACUCGCAGAUCUAGGAAGACCAAGUGCUUUUCGGGCCCAGUUUCGGGGACCUCGACACGGAUAGCAUGUUCAGUCCUAUCAAAAAGAUAUUUACGUACAUACAAAAAAAUGCUAGUGGUUCCAAUAUGUUCAGCCCUUCAUCUGGAAAUACGACAACCGGUCAAAGGGAGGCCGCCGCCAGCAUAAGUGCGCACGAUGAAGGCGACAGAAAGCAGAACCAGGAGGAUGGGCAGCAGGAUCUGAACGAUGGAGCGGCGAUGGGGGAGCCGCAGCAGGCGCAGGAAAUCCUGCCCCAAAUGGACGACGCCGAUGACGAGGAGGACGACAUCGAAAGGCUGAUCAAGACCUCCAUAAUCGAUGCCACCAAAGUGCAUGCGGCCAAGGCCAAGGCGAUGGCCUCUUUACCCUUGCCCCUGGAGCAGCUGGACGAUGAACUGGCGGAUUUCGCACAAGGUCCCGCGGACACCGAACUGGAGGAGCAGUUCCUCGAGCUGGAGAACUAUCCGAACAACGAGAUUAUCGUACUCAGCGACGCGGAGCUCAACUCGUCGAUAGCCUCCGAUGCCGUGUCCGAGGAUCCGCUGGCCAUAGACAACAUUCUGGACUCCUCGUCGGUCACCACAAACGAGGAAGUGGACACCAGCGGCGAGCUGCUCUGGCUGAAGUUGAGCAACGAAACGGAAAUGGCCACCAGUUCGGGAGUGGUGGCAUCGUCCACCAAUCAGGAAGAAUCCCAGAAGCCCGCCAAGCCAAUUAAAAGAAAGGAAGAUGAGCUGAGAGAUGGUGGCUCUGAUUCGGGACUAGGUAGUGAAACGUCAACCUUGCCGAAACUUCCGGUGGAGAAAGUAGCCGAGCCAGAAGCAGCCCCGGAGAAGCAGGAACCCAAGCCCAUCAGAUCCAAUCUCAAGCGAAGAUUGGAAGAAUCGGAAAGCGAUGCUAUUGAUCUGGUGCCCGACAUGUCUGCUCCCCCGCUGACCGCCCAAAAGCGACCCAAGCGCUCCAUAAACUUUGACGAGGUCAAGGUCUACUAUUUCCCACGACAACAGGGCUUCAGUUGCGUGCCCACGGCUGGUGGAUGCACCCUGGGCAUGGGCGCCCGGCAUAUUGCCUUCAAGACGAUGACCCUGGCCGAGCAUGCGGCUGAAUUGAGGCGGGCACAUCGCAGCCAAAACCAAGAGCUCCAACCGCGCGGCUCCAGCAGCGAUGACAGCGAAGAGUCCGAGGAGGAUUACCUAAGCGAGGGCAGUGGCUCUGAUGCGGAGGACGGCUCCAAUGGCUUCCUGCAGCCGGUGACGCCGAAGCAGAGAAGAGCCCUGCUGAAGGCAGCGGGCGUGCGGAAGAUCGAUGCUAGCGAGAAGAGCGAGUGCCGGGACAUUAGGAACUCCAGGGAGGUUUGCGGCUGCUCCUGCCGCGAGUUUUGCGAUCCGGAAACCUGCGCCUGCAGCCAGGCGGGUAUAAAGUGUCAAGUGGAUCGCGCCAUGUUCCCUUGCGGAUGCACUCGCGAAGCCUGCGGCAACACAGUCGGCCGGGUGGAGUUCAAUCCGACGAGGGUGCGGACUCACUACAUUCACACGGUGAUGCGAUUGGAUCUGGAGCAGCGACAGGGCUCUGUGGGGCAUCUCCAGCCGCAACAGGUGCCGGCAUCCCAGCAGACCAUCAGCUACUCCCCGGUGGGAGCGGCUACACCAGCACCCGCGUACUUCCUGCAAACGCAAUCCAACUACAGCUCCGGCUAUGCCUCGCCAGCUUACACGCCCGAGACCAGUGUGAGCUACUACCAGCAGCAGCAGGUGGCACCCACUCCUGGCCAGAUGAAUGCCACCCAACAGCAGCAGCAGCAGGCGCAGAGCCAGAGCUACGCGGGAUACGCCCAGCUGGACAGCCUGGACUCGGGUCUCUUUGCCAGUGGCACCAAUGCCACGCCCUCGUACGGAGAGCUAUAUCAGUCGCUCAGCUACGGCAGCACACAGAUCACUUCCUAUCCGACCGCCUAUCCGCAGCUUUCGCCGUCACCCGUCGUCGCCGUGGCUUCCGGAGCAACCAGCUCCUGUGCUUUUAGCUCCUGUGCGGUGCCCUCGGUGCCGCCGUACGGAAAUGCGACCACAACCGCCUCCAGCAAUGCUCCAUACCAGACCAUAGCUGUCUCCACCACGUCGUCGCGGCUAGUUGGCAAUCCAGUUGGUGUCGUUGGUGUCGCAGCAGCAUCAUCGCCAGCCGCGGGCGCGUCCACUUCUUCCGCGGCCACCACCGCCAAUGAGUUUAUCAGUUUGAGCACACCGAUCGCCAGUUCCUCGCGCCUCUCGCAGAUCAACGAUCUGCUGCAGCACAAUCGCAACACCACCGCCGCCUUGGUGGCCGUCUCCGAGGGAUUCAGUGGCGCUGCCAGAAGCUCGUCCAGUGCGUCCACCAUCGACUCCAUCGACACACCGCCCAUUGUGGAAGAUGGCCAGCAGCGUGGAUGUAUGAACUUCGAGGCGUUGCCCCCGCCGCAUGUGAAUCCAGCGCCCAUUGUUGCCGUCGUGCAGAGCAAGCUGCCCAUGCCACCCAUGACCACGCUGGCCCUGCCUCCUGCUCCUCCAUCUGCUCCACAACCACGCCAGCCGCUGGACCAACAGCAUCAACAAGCCUUGGGCGAGUCCACCUAGAGCAGGGAAUGCACCACCAAAUUGGUUUUUGGUUUUGGAUGGGUCAGUCUAUGGGGUUUUUAAUGAUUUGAGAAUUCGGUGCAGUUUACUACCUUGGACAACUCUCAGUGAGUUUUAAUUGGAUACUAUAAACUUGACUGUAACCUUAAAAUUUUUGUUUAGUCCUUUUAAUUUUUACUUUGAAAGUGAGCCGCUAUAUUUGUAUCUAUUAAAAUCACAUUUCAAUUAGAAUCCAGACAACUUAAGCAAAACGAAGAUUAUUCUUUGUUACAAAUAUUUUUUACAUUGUUAUAUUCCCCCCUGAAUUACACUAAUUGUAUUUAAGUUCAUUUAUUUACACAUUUCCGAUUUUAAUCAUUUUUUUAUUUUACUUUUAAAUUGAGAACAUUUCCUUUUUAUUACAAUUAAUUGUUUAAUUGUUAUAUUUUUCCCUUGAAUUAUACCAGUUUUAUUUAAGUUCAAUAUUUAUAUACUCCUCCGUUUUAAAAGUAUUUAAAAAGAUUUCUAUAAAAGUUUUUAGUAAGCAAAAGAAAAUAGUUAGUAAAUAACAUUCAGUUAAGUGAAAUUUGCCUGUUCUUCCGAAUCCAUUGAAAUCUUCAAAGUCCAAGAAGUUCUUCAGAAUUGUACGGGGCGCACAAAAGACCCAUCCUGAAAUCGAAAUAGGAGGAGCAUAGAGAGAGCUGGGAAUAGUUUUUAUAGCAAUUUUACACAGCAAAAGACUUCAUUACGUUUAAGGCGGCGGUGGGCGUGGCUGAAAAAGGAGCAAAACAAGGACAGGCAGAAGGAUUAAACUGGGGCAGGAAUCAAAACGGACAGCGUUGGCGUCACUCCUCGAUGUCAGGAGACCUCUUUAGUAGCGGCGAGGGCCAACGAAUCGGGCUCGGACCGCCUUGUAUAAAUCAUUUCAUUGUUAAAUUCUAAUUAGUCCCUAAGUGCAUACUGUAGUUUAGUUACUUUGUUGCUUAAGCUAUGUUUCCAUCGCAAAAUCAAGUUCCCUUUAACUCAUUUUUUUUUAGCUCUGUUGUGUAAUCUUAAACGAACAAAUAAUGGAAGGACUGUGUUUGUACCUCCUAUGAAUUUAAUGAGCUGAGAGCCUCUUAAAAUUUCCCCAACAAAUUCUGUGUGUCAAAUUUGAUUUAACCCAGCUUAACAGAAAUCGAGCGUUAAUUGAUUUUGUACUUUGCAUUUAGUUAUGAAUCCAAUCUAAUUACCCAUUGAAUUGUGUAAGCCUUUGGUAGAAUUAUCCCUUGAUUUAGCUGCUUUUAAGUAUUCAUUUAGCUCCUAAGUUCCUCAUUUCUGACAUUUAGCGUAUUAGCCCUUAUGAACCAAGAACAACAAACGGCAGCAAACUGAAAGAAAAAAAAACAGACAAAAGCAACCACAAUAUGCAGUACGGUUUAGAAAUAUGUAUAUGCAACUUGAUAACGACAAAAGCAGAAAAAAUGAAAACGUAAAAGAAAAAAUAAUUGCAAUUAUUUAAAUAAAUAUUGAAUACAAAAUAGCAAGAA